UUUUGAGCUUAUUUCCAUAGCCCGAUUAGCGGCAACCCUCUAAACAUGGGUAAAACACAGAGUAAAUCAUCAGAUGUUGUAUUUCAAAAUGAAUCUAGAUUUCCUCUGCAGUUUUCUAGUGCUUUAGUAAACCAUCUAGACUCAAAGGUAGAGUCAGAUGCCAUUAGAGCAGCCUCUCUAGAAGAACAUAUUCAAGAAAGAGUAGCAGUAGAAAUAGAGCGGCUACGUUCAAGAGAAAGAGAUAUUUUAAUAGAAAUUGAGAAGGAACUAACAAGAAAGAAUGCAAAGAGAGAAAAAGCUCAAGAAAAGCUGAAUAGCUUUAGUUUAAAGGACGAAAUGUUAAAAUUAGAAGAAAAUACAAAGGGAAUGUUUCAGAUAAGAGAUAUGAAUGAGAAGUUAUUAAAAAAAAAGGAAGAAGUUAUUAAUUGUUUAAAAGAAAAUGAACGAAGACCUCUUAAUUGCGAUGAAAUAGUUAAGGCGUUUAGGAAAGAGGUAGAUUUAUUAAAAGAUGAGUUUGUCGAUAAAUAUCAAUGAUAAUUUAUUAAAACCGAUGCUUUAUAUAUAUAUUAAUGAAGAUGA